GCUCUGUAGCUGGGAGAGGGACGGGGCUCUUGCUCUCCAGUGUACAGAUUGAGGAGCGCCUCUUCGCAUAACGCCAGAAAACGGGCCUGCAAUGAUGAGCUGGCGCACCGAUGACGAAAGGAGUAAGAGCCUCCCAGCGGCCGUUUUGUACGCAGUGUCAGGAUGGCCGAGUGGUCUAAGGCGCCAGACUCAAGGCGUGCCGCGCCUUCCGACGGCGGUUGGGUAUUCUGGUCUCCGAAUGGAGGCGUGGGUUCGAAUCCCACUUCUGACACCACUUUUUUUUCCUCUUUCUAACUGCACCAAUCCCCCUCCACACAAUCUAAACAGAUGAAGCGCAAUAAGAAACCGCGGUGAGCUCCGCAGCGCUAGGAUGGUGUUCUAUAUAACGUACGUACUCAGGCAGAAUGAAGCGUAACCGCUUGAUAUCCCUCAGCCCGUUACUGAAAGUUUUACAAGUGCGUUUCGUUCACGCUUCUAACCACCUUUCAAAUACACGGCACAGCGACAGACACGCGUUUAUAACAGCGGGGACGGCUCUGGGGAGCGACGGAGCUCCGCACAGCUUUGUUCCGUGUUUCUUUUUGUUUUCGGAGUGGCUCCCGACGCGAGGCUCAUCCCCGCCGCAGCGCCCGCAGGCAGGAGCCGGGAAGUCCGUGCACAGCGCAGCUUGCAGCCUGCAGAACAGCAGCCGCACGAACACUCAAUGACAAAAAAUUGGAGCGCAUCGCUCCUCCCACAGCGCGCAGCGUAACGUCUACUCCGCCUUGCGAGAGCCCGCCCCUCAACGCAGCUCCGCCAAUCCGGCUGCCCCAGCUUGCCUCCCCCUCAUUGGCUGCCGCUCCAGAGCUGAGCGCAGAGCCUGCGAAUAAAAUGCGGGCGAUGAGACGCGGGCUGGUGCCGCAGCCAAUAGGAAGCACGUGGGUGGUGUCGCGGCUCUGUGGGUCGGCCAGUAGGUGCGAGGUGGCGGUAAGGGGCGGCGAUGGCGGCGCUGUCGGUGUUGGUGCUGGUGUUGCUGCUGGCCUGCGGUGGGCCGCGCGCUGCGGGGCAGAAGAGGAAGGAGAUGGUGUUAUCAGAAAAAGUGAGCCAGCUGAUGGAGUGGACGAGUAAGAGAUCUGUGAUACGAAUGAACGGUGACAAGUUCCGCCGUCUUGUGAAGGCACCACCCAGAAACUACUCGGUGAUUGUGAUGUUCACUGCUCUUCAGCCUCACAGACAAUGUGUUGUGUGCAAGCAAGCUGAUGAAGAAUACCAGAUCCUGGCAAAUUCCUGGCGAUAUUCCAGUGCAUUUACCAAUAAGAUUUUUUUUGCUAUGGUAGAUUUUGAUGAAGGCUCAGAUGUGUUUCAGAUGCUGAACAUGAAUUCUGCUCCAACCUUCAUUAAUUUUCCUGCCAAAGGGAAGCCCAAACGAGGUGACACGUAUGAGCUCCAGGUGCGCGGCUUUGCGGCUGAGCAGCUUGCUCGAUGGGUGGCUGACAGAACUGAUGUCAAUAUUCGUGUGAUAAGGCCACCAAACUAUGCUGGACCACUGAUGUUAGGGCUGCUGCUGGCUGUCAUUGGUGGCCUUGUGUAUUUACGUGGGAGCAAUCUGGAUUUUCUGUAUAACAAAACUGGCUGGGCAUUUGCUGCUUUGUGUUUUGUAUUAUCAACUGCUCUUUGUCUCUUACAGAGCUAUAUCCAUGGAAGCAGCCAAGCCCAGUUUGUUGCAGAAACACACAUUGUUCUUCUGUUCAAUGGUGGUGUUACUUUAGGAAUGGUUCUCCUCCAUGAAGCUGCUACUUCUGACAUGGAUGUGGGGAAGAGAAAGAUCAUGUGCAUUGCUGGUAUUGGCUUGGUGGUGUUCUUUUUCAGUUGGCUGCUAUCUGUCUUCAGGUCAAAAUACCAUGGAUAUCCAUACAGUUUCCUAAUGAGUUAAAGGAUUCCAGAAUCUGUGACACCAGGAGGGUGGUGACUACGAAACUGCGUGAUAGAAUGGAAGAACUAAAGAUGUGUGGUUCAUGCUACCUCUCUUUACACUGAAUGAGAUAGUUAAACACUGAACCAAAGAUGACAUGCAGUGCCUUAAAUAUAACAAGCAAUGUGCAUUGAAGGACAGAGUAUUAAGAUGCAACCUCUCUCACAAGCUUUACAUCUUCUGAUGCAACUUUAAUGGAAGGCAAAACUUUGCAUUUCGAAUUACUGUGUUUCCUUAGACUAACAGAAAUGGUACUUUGAAUUCUAUUGGAUAAUCUAUUUUGCAUGUCUUUUUCCCUCAGAUUCUUCUUGCUCAUCCUUGUAGGUGACAGUAGCUUCUCUGUUGUACCUUUGCAUGGUUGAGGAAGCUUCAUGACCUGCAUAUCACUUCCUUUAGUCUGUGACCCUUGCAGCGUACUGCAGAUUCCAUUUCAAGAUGUGCAAACCUAAAGGUGUGUGUCUAUUUUGAGAAGAGCAUUUAACUACAGUAUGAUGCAAGAGAUUGCUUCACAGACGAAGGAAGACUUUAUAACGGGUAGUAGUGGCUCAAAUGGUAAAAUUUCAGUCAACAUUGUACAGAGUGACCUACUAAUCAAUUUUAUAGUUGAUAUUCAGGACUGAAAAAAAAUAAUCAAAAACUUAGUGUAUUUCUUCUUCUCCCUAGUAAAUAGGCAAAAUUUAUGGUAAACUUUGCUGUCCAUAAUUUGAUCAAAGUCCCUGUUUGCUAUAGUGCAACUCAUUUAAUUGUUAAAAACUUCAUUGUCAAAUAAUGAAACUACAUCAGUUGAUUUGUAAGUAUUGGUUCACUAAAAAGCAGUAUCUCGGUGAUCAGCAAUUCCCUUCCAAAAAUAAGAAAACCUGGAAAGGUAAUUAAACGAGUAACUAAUCUGUUGCAUGAAUUACAAGUUGCUAAAUGGCCUUAAAGUUACUGCUCAGCAUCUGCUGUCAGAUUGCUGGUCGCAAUCUAAGUUCUCACAUUCAUUACUUUCUCCAAAUUAUUUUCAGCCUUAUGUCCUUGGAAGGAUAUGGGAGCGGGCUGAGAUAUCUAACCCCAGAUGUUGUUACUCUAGGAAAGCUUUCUUAGCCUUGCAAUUAAAUGGAUGUGCUUUUUGCUCUUUUAUCUCACAAAGAUGCUUUUUCUUAAGGAUUUUUUAGUUGAAGACCUUGUGCCUCAGCCCACGCUGUUUUGUAAUUCAGCACCUGCACUACAGGAAAUGUUUGUGGCCUAAUUCAGCAGUACUGCCUUUUGUAGACUAUGAUGGCCUUGGUGGUUAAUAGUCAGAGGAAAGUAUGAGACUGGCUUCUGCUUCUGCCUGUCUCUAAGGGUUACAGGAUGCGGAUACUUUGGAUUUAAGCUCAAAAAGAGCUUUAUCAUUCAGAGUAGAAUGUUGUUAUUAUGCAAUUUUGCUACAUUAACACAUCUCAAGUGCCUUACCUUUUCUAACUUAGUUGUUUGAUAUUUCAACUUGUUGGUGAGAUGCAUUUAAAAAAAAAACCAUACAGAAUGAGAAGUUUUAGUGGAUUGAGUAGUGGCUGGAUUUUAGACAACUUUCAAUAAAUUUUUUUUAAUCCACA